UAAAUAAAUAAUGCCAAACCGUGUGACAGCUACUUAUUAUUACAAACAGUGCCUUCCAAACUGUUUUUUUUGGCACUCAAAAUUUGACAGUUAAACGAAUUUGCUUGACAGCUGUGUUGUAAACAGAAAUGUACACACACUGAAAUUCUAACAAAUUAUGGAUAGAAUUGUAUCUGGUAUCGCUAAAAUAAAUUUUCAACAAAAUUGCGAAGAUAUUUUGGUCGAAAAUCGCACAAGUAACUUUGCCGCUCAGCCCUUUGAAGUAGCUGGUGCUGUUACAGCAAUGGCCGAAUGUAAAAGCAACGAUAGUACUGCAGAUAGUGAUAAUGAAUCUGAAUUUAAUAGUUCCAGCGAAACGGCCAUUGUCGGCGAUGAUGAUGCUGAUAGGGCCGGCAGUAGCAAUCAUGGUGGUGGCAGCCUCUCGCAGCGUCGCAAUUUACCGCGUCGGGCCUGUAAGGAAAACAGUAUGAAACUUAAACGGCGUUCCAUUAUGAAACCGAAACGUCAUAACUCCAGAACAUGUGAUUUUUCUAUGCUUCGUCCGGCUGAAAUACGUAAAAUUUAUUGCAAUCAAAAACUUACAAGUUUUCGACCAACCAAUUUAGAGACGAUUUUCGAAGAACCACAACCUGAAGCACGUCGAGGUGAAGCGCCGCCGUUGGUUGCCGCAGAUUUACCAUUACGUUUUAUUGGUUUGCGUAAAAUACGUCGUACUCUGUCCUGUUCAGAUGGUUUGAAUAUAAAUAAAACAUUAAUUAAACAACGUCGUGCAAAAAUUAAAAAAAUCUUUGGUAGAAGAAACGUUUGUAAGAAAAUUUCAUUAAAUGAAUUUAUUGACCGUAUGAAUAAAAGUAUUGGUGAAGAAGCUGAUGUAGAAGAUACCAAUGAUAAAAACAUGCCCGAUGAGCCCAUGGAGGCGGAACUGUCGGCUGUUUCAGUUGCUUCUAUAAUGACUGAAAAUGAAAAUAUUUCGAGUACAAAGACUGAAUACACCAUGCCAAUAGAGAUAAGCGCGGGAAAUGUGCAUCAUUGUAAUAAUGUUAAAGCAAACGAACAGUCGCUGUUUUGUACAUCGAAUACAUUUCCAAAUUUAUCGUAUUCGUCAAGUACAGCGGAUAACAGUUUAAAUGCCGCUGCUGCGUCGUCUACUUGCUUAACAGGUAUACGUUAAUUAGGCCGAUCCGUAUGCUAGAAUAUAGACAUAUUUUGAUGUAACAAUUUGUGUCUAGCAAAAUCACUGCGUUUUAGCUAUAAUCUUUUAAUCUCAUGUUUCGUUUAUGUACUUCGUUCGUCGCAUUUUGAUUUUAAAAUUUAGCUGUGUAUUAAAAACUCAUUUUUCCAUUCUUAAUUUGUCGCUCCUGCAUUUUCAUAUACAUGAAUUAUCUUGCGGUAAACAAUUUUAAUUUGUAUGUCAUUAAAUUUAUGCAAUCGAUGUUAGGAACUCUUAUUAUUAGCUGUAAAAAGAAAAUUUGUAUAAGCUUUUUUUAUAUAAAAAAAACGAUUUCCAUACACAUACAUAUGUAGUAUAACAUAAGGCUAUUUAAGGUUUUUAAUCUAUAAUAACGCAUAAUUAGUUGCGAGAUAUCGUAAUGUGUGGUUUUGUUUUCCACGCUACUACAUUGCUCAUAUAAAUAUAUACAUAAACUGUUCGUUUUUAAGGCUCUGU